AUGGAUAAAAGUUUGAUGAAUACUUCACAAAUUAGUAAAGAAUACAAAGAUGGUGUUAGAAAAUUUAUAGACUUUGCAAAGAAUAACCUUCCGAAUAGUAAUGAGAGGUUCAUGUGUUAUUGUAAGAAAUGUUGUAAUCAGAAAAGGUUAUGUGAGGACGGCAUAUUUGAUUAUCUAAUCUGUAAUGGGGUUAAUCCAUAUUAUACAAAAUGGAUAUGGCACGGUGAAAGUGAUUUGACUACAACAUCUAACAUGUAUGUUGACAGCGAAGCAAAUGAGGAUGAUGAGUCUGAAGAUCGAUUGGAUAAAAUGUUGCGCCAUGUUGGAGAGGAGUUCACCGAUCGGUCAAAUGAGUUGGAUGAAUUAUUGAAUGAUUCAAAACUACCUUUGUGGUCGGGUUAUAGUAAAUAUACCCGAUUAUAUGCUAUAUUAAAAUUAUUCAACUUGAAAGCUCGGAAUGGGUGGAGUGCCAAGAGCUUUACUACGUUACUUGAAAUAUUAAAGGAUAUGCUUGUAGAUAGAAAUGAACUUCCAAAGAGUACAUAUGAUGCAAAAAAGAUUUUGUGUUCAAUAGGUAUGAGAUAUAAAAUGAUACAUGCUUGCCCUAAUAGUUGCAUUUUGUUUAGGAAUGAUUACAAAGACUUGCAUGCAUGUCCAAUAUGUGGAACAUCUCGUUACAAAACAAGGGAGAAUGUUGCUGGCAAAGUAAAUUUGAAAGGUCCACCAGCUAAAGUUCUGUGGUAUCUCCCGAUUCUCCCAGGAUUUAAGCGUAUGUUUGCAAAUCCAAGCAAUGCGAAGAACUUAACAUGA